GCGUGGCAAUGCGUACAGUGCAGAGCGAGAUGGUUGCCGCCAUUCCGUUGGAGGCCAACAUGCGCGCGCUCUUGACGCCCUCCGCAGACCCCACAGAGGUCUACAAUGCUCUGUUGGAUGCCAGCGUUCUGGCAGAGGAGUUGCUGGAAGAUUUGUCCGAUGCGGACAUCCGAAACUUCUUUAGCAGCUGGGAGAUCUCUCCUUAUUCCAGCACCUUCGAAAAGAUCGUCAAGCCUGUGCAGGCAUCUGGUGCUCCGAGUUCGGAAGAAGAGGAGAACUUCGUGGAUGAUGUGGCGCAGUACCUCUCCGAGAAGCACUUUUUCCAGGAGAGGCAAAAGUACCACAUGCGGUCGAGGCAUCGCUUGGCCUACUCCUUCUUGUCCCGCUUCGUGCGAACCAUCGAAGUCAUGACAGAUGGAAACUUGCACUACCUGCAUUUCUGCCUGCCUGUGACGGCAAUGUGGUACGUCUACGGCGAAGCGAAGCAAAAUAUCCUGGACACAGUUCCAUUCAACUCGCCUGAGAUCAAGGCCCGAUACUUCAUCCGGAUGUGCAUUGACUUGCACCGCGAGUCGAAGCUGAUCAAGGACUUGUCUCGCUUCUCCAUCGUCCCUCAACGUUUGCUGAAGGUGGCACAGCGGAACAUUCCGGACUGGAUGCACCGACCGUUCCAGAUCUUCCUCUGUGAUGAUGCGAAGAAUAUGACCCGGCUCCUCCGCGGGGCUCUUUACCUUGGUCUGCUCCUGGCUGCGCACACGGGGAUGUUUCUGGUUCCCGCGGAGGAUUCGGAGGACGUGGAGUCGCGAUGGGUGUCGCCACGUGCAGCCAUUCUUGCCUACACACUGGGUGGAUUGUAUUUCCUCUGCACAGCCACAUGGCUACUGCUGACUAUCGCAAUCAAGUUUCCCAUAGCCCUGCACGAAGUCCGAGAAGAUACUGUAGGGCACCACAUCCAGAUCCCUCGCUUCGUUGGUAAUCUCUGGGCGAUUUGGAAACUGAUUUCAGAAGGCCACGUGGCUUGGAGAUUCCUUCUCCUGGGCUGCUGUGUGUGCGCCUUCCUCUUCCGGCACUUUUGGCUCCUUUGCUUUAUCCUCAUGGACUUCUGGUGUCAAAGUUCGGUGCUUGCUACGGUCUUCCGGGCCAUCUGCGCCCCCCUGCGCUCACUCGCGAUGACCUUCUUGGGGCUUGUCAUCAUCACUUUCGUCUACGCUGGCAUCGGCUUCCGCUACUUCCGAGAUGACUUUCACCACUUCUGCAAUGAAAACAUUGUCACAUGCACGGAGAACAUCCUAUACCAGGGCACCCGAGCUGGAAUCGUUGGCUUGAGCUUGAUGCUGAGCUCAACGAAGCCUGGGAAUCCGGACUGGACGGAGCGGAUGAUGUAUGACAUGAGCUACUUCAUCAUCUUUGGUGUCAUUGUGCUGAAUACCAUUGUGGGUCUGAUUGUGGACUCCUUUGGCGCUCUACGCCUUGACAUGGAAGCGCGAGAAAACGACCAGCGGACGCAGACAUUCAUCUCUUGCAUUGACCGGCGGAACGUGGAGCAGGUGGCACAGAUGCGAGGUAUCGCGGAUGGUUUCGAGUACCACGAAACGCACCGGCAGAACAAGUGGGAUUACAUGGCGUUCAUCUUCCACCUCUGCGAGACUGAGUUGGAAGAGCUCACAGGCCCCGAGCAUCAUAUCCGCACGCUUAUGGAUCGGGGGGACGCCAAGUGGAUUCCCAUCGGCCGCUCAAAGUUCCUGGAGGGCUCGGACAUGGGUGUGCGGCCGCAGGCUGGCAUGAUGAGGGAGUUCAGCCCUUGA